GCUACCCGAAGUAGCCAACGUAUGUGUCUCCUUUAAUCGCUUAAAAAGGAUUAGGUGUGAAAGCAGCAUUGAAGUAUAAAAAACAAAUACUAAAGAGAGAGCCUUCAUAUUGCAAAGGAUUUAUAUUGAAACACAUCCUGAGCUGCAGUUCAGUUGUUAUAGAUUCUUCCCAUAUGAACACAUUUGAACUUGGUUUGCGAGUAAUUAUUUUAAUGACCACUGAAAAUUAGAUGAUUUGUGUUACCUGAUAUCGAGUGUUACCGAUACGAUAUUUCAUUAUUGUAAGUCCGUGAAAUUUCCAGAAUGGAGGUAGAUAUGAAAAUUAAGAAUAUGAACAUGAACAAUAACGGUAUGCAAGAAGGUCCGAUGGAGUUUGCCCAGCGACUGAUGGGCAUGAUCAACGGAGCAGCUAUUACGAUUGCCAUAAGCCUUGGAUCCGAGACAGGUCUCUUCAAAGUUAUGUCAGGCUUAAGUAAACCAAAAACAUCAGAAGAAAUCGCAAAAAUUGCAGGACUUAAGGAAAGGUACGUUCGUGAAUGGCUGGCGUCAAUGGUUGUUUCACGUAUUGUAGAAAUGGAUGAGGAGAACGGCACAUACUAUGUCCCACCAUAUCGAAGACCAUUCCUAGAAGGACCCAAAAAUACAGCAGGAUUUGCACGUAUGAUCCCGAUGCUGUGCGAAGCAUACGACAGUGUGGCAGAUUGCUUUCAGCUAGACGGGCCUAGGGGUGUCUCAUACUCAUGUUACGGCAAAUUUCAUCACUUAAUGGACUUCAUUUCAAACUGCCUUCACUCCAGUUCACUUAUACCUCGUGUCUUACCUCAGGUCCCCGGCAUGAUCAAUGUUCUUGAACAGGGAGGCCAAGCUAUAGAUGUUGGCUGUGGACGCGGUAAAGUGGUAUUGUUGCUAGCACAACGAUUUCCAAACAGCAAAUUUUGCGGCAUAGACAUAUCACGGGAGAGUAUCGAGUUCGCAAAGCGGGAAGCAGAAAAAUUAAGUCUUGACAAUGCAGAGUUUUACACACAAGACGCGACACAACUGCCUAGCGAUUGGACCGACAAGUUUGAUUACGUCACAUCCUUUGACGCAAUUCACGACAUGCCGAAACCGGAUAAAACGUUAUCGGAAAUAAAGCGAAUCAUGAAACCCGGGGGUUAUUUCUCUAUGCUUGAAGUAAACGUUCACAGUCACCCAGCUAAAAACAUCGGCAACCCCCGGGCAAUGAACGGCUACGUCAUCAGUUUAAUGCACUGUAUGGCAGUAUCACUGAACGUUGAAAAUGGGGCGGGUUUAGGCAUCAUGUGGGGAAAAGAGGACGCAACGAAAACACUGGAGCGAGUUGGAUUUUCGGACAUAACACUCGAACCAACUCCAGAUCGAUUCAACUGCCAUUACAUAUCAAAGAAAAAAGAGGACUAGUUUUCAAAAAACAUGAAUAAAGAAUAAAUGAACACCUUUAUAACGUUGGUUGCAUACAAACUAAACACUUGAAUCCAGGGAGUCUGCAUUGUCAGUAUUAAAGAUGUGAAGAUUUUUGUAUAAAACAUAUUCAUUUAAAAGAAAUGUAGAACAUAGAUAAUUAUUAAUGUAAAAUAAUAAUUAAACAAAUAUUUAGAGUGUUUAUGAGGUUUGCGUUGCGUUGUAGUAUAUGGUUGCUUUGGGUGCCCAUGAUGAUACAGUUACAGAUAAUUGACAAAAGCCAAAGGUUGCAAGUGGAAUCACCGAUGGUGUCUUAUCCCGAGAGUAUCUCAGCACUUGAAGGAAGAGGAGGGUGGAUAAGCCUUCGUUGUGGGUGCUGUACCUAACUCUCAACACGUGUGUCCUUGACUGGGAGCGCAAAGUUAAUUGUACAUAGCACAAUCAAGGAAAUUAUUUUGAAUUAAGAUUUUUUAUGAAUUUUAACUUUUUG